AUGGGAAAUACAGUUCCAUAUAACUGUUAUGAAAGAUGGGGAAAAAGAACACCAGAUGGUCCUCUUUUAAAUUAUGACCCCCAAAUGCCAAACAGUGGAACCUUGUCUGUUUUGUUAGAAAAUUUCGAUUAUGAAUCGACUGAAGAAAACAACAACAAAUGUGAAUAUAUAAUUAACAAAGAUCAUGUUGAGAAAAAUAAUAAUAUGAACCCUAAAGUUAUUAGGAACGCUAGGAGAAGACCAACAUAUUCUCCAACAGCCAGGAAAAUAAAUAUCGAAUCAGAUGAUGAAGAAGAAGAUGAAGAUGAUGAUGAGAAAUUAUCUACAGAUGAUUCAGAUGAAAAUAUUUCAGCUAAAGAUAUAAAAGAUGAAAAAAUACAACAGUACAGAAAAACACUUACUAAAAUUGUAAAAAUAAAAACAGCCAUUUUUCAUGAAACUGUUAAAGUUACUUGUUCAAAAGAUGGGAAAAUGCUUGAAUGGUAUAAAGGAAAAAAUGAUUCAGAUGGAAAAAAAAAACCAAUAGGUUCUUUCCCAUUAAAUAAAAUAACUUCCAUAAGAACUAAAGUUGAUAAUCUCAAAUCUUUAGAAAUAUCUGUAAGUAGUGUACAUAUAAGUACAUAUUUAUUUACUUUUAAAACUAGAGAAGAAAGGGAAAGUUGGCAAAACAAUUUAGAAUCCUUUAGAAAAAUUAUGAGUAUGAAGUGA